AAGUCUUGGGUAUUUGCACGGUGCGCCACCCGACGCCUUGAGGCCACCCGAACGCACCGAUUGGGACUUCCAGAGACAAUCGGAGACUUCCAGGGACCUCGGGAGGCUUCCCCAGACUCAGGCCUGCGACCACUAGGGAAAAGCAGUUCGUCGGGGCUCUGGCUCCUCUUGUUUUCCCUCCUGCCACUCUCUUCCCCCCCACGUGCUUGUCAUGGAGGAGGGGCCCUCGGAGGAGGCCUGCACCCCUCAGGCACGGAGACCCGAUCAUCACCGCGGCCAACCUCUUCCAGCUCAGCGGCUUCGCGUGCGCGGACGCCCUGCACCUGCAAGGGAUCAUGAUCUUCGGCAACGGCGGCAUGGCACUCUUCUUCAUCAGCAGGAUACCGUCCAUGAAGGUGCCGUUCAUCUGGGCAUUCCUGAAGGUCUGCAUCAACAUAUUCAUGGUAUGGAAGCUGCUUCAGGACAGGCAGCCGGUGGUGCUCCCCCCGAAGGAGCUGGACAUCUACGAGAAGUAUUUCAUGCCGUUCGGCGUCGGCCCGCGGCAGUUUCGGGACUUCUGGAACCUCGGGGAGACCUGCCUAGUGCCCCCCGGCACCAAGAUCGCAGUUCAGGGCGAGGCGAAGGAGCAUGUCGAGCUCGUGCUCCGCGGCCACGUGUUCAGGCUGUCGGACGACAAGCACAUCCGCGGCCUCGACUCCGUGAGCGGAGAGGCCGCCGACGUGGACCCCUACAGCGCGGGGGCCUGGGUUGGCGAGCUGAGGGCGCUGCAGCUGCUGAACAUGGUGUCGGGGCCGAAGGCGGUGAGCGUGAGCCAGGAGCUCUACAAGCACCGCCUGGCCCAGGUGGAGAAGAGCAGGGAGCUCGACGUGGAGUUCGUCCACGCCUUCAGCGAGCUCUGGGGCGGCUUCGGCAUGGGGCAGCCGGCGAGCGCCGACGCCGACGCCGAGCUGCGCACCCGGAACCUGGACGAGCUCCUGCAGCGCAGCAGAGCCAAAUGGGACGUGCAGGCGGGCGAGGGCGUUGAGGUUCGGAGAUGGGAGCUGAAGCCCCUGCUGCACCUGUGCAUGACCGACCCCGAUCUUGCCGACCUCAUCGGCAAGGUCUGGUCGCAGUCCGUGAUUGACAAGAUGCUGCACAUGGACGCCGCUCAGAUGGACCUGCCCAGCAUCGUCAGCCAGAGGAAGAGAUGGGGCGUCCGGGUAUAAAGCCCACCCUGGCCCGCUGCCGGCCCGUGUGGUGCCUCCUGCCUGCCUGCCGGUCUCACCCGCGCGUCGCCGCGUCUGCCCGGCGGCGACCGCUAUAGGAUGCGCCGUGGGCUCUGCCCGCGCGUCUCUACGCUCGCUUUUGUUUGAGCGCCGCCCGGCCGCCCGCCUGUGCGCCCUGCCUCCCCAAUUGGAGCUGUGCGCAGCCCGCCCACCUUUUCACGGAGGAGGCUCGCUCUCGCCCCGCCGACCAGAAAUUGCGAGCGCCGUCCGAGGCGCCGGCCGAUGCUCACCACGUUCCGGACUCCGUGUAGCUUGCGUGUUCGGAGGCGCGUGCCGCUCUCCGCCAGAUGCGGGGCACCAGAGGAGCCUGGAGCCCGCGCGCUCCCAGCGUUCGCCCCUCCGACCGCCGUCGACGUCGACCAUGCGUAGCCCUCGGGCCCGGGGAGCUCCCGGGCGUGGGCGCAGAGUGGUGCCUCCAUGCGCAAUGUUCUCUUGGCUGUGGACGUUGUCCCUCCGUUGUCCCCUGUUGGCUGCUCAUUAAUUCCUGCAGAUUGCCAUAGGAACGUACACGUGCAUUCUGUACAAGUCGGAAUGCACUUGGAAGCAAAUGUAGGGCUCCGCUAAGCCGUCUUCAGCAUUAUAAAUGACGGAGGCCGUGGCGGGCGACAGCGAAUUUCCCUGUUGCUGUUUUCGUCUUUUCCCGUCACAGCACCGAGCUCUUGUCCGCGGAGGGACAGGACCGCGACAAAUGUCCAGGGGUGGUGCUGCUGUGCUCUCGUAUCUUCUGCCGCUUCCCAUGUACAGUCAAGCGAAGCAGUGAGGAUGCAGUACUUCGUCAACGCUGUUCUUGCAUCCAUGCCUUCUUCGACCCUGUGCUGUGGCUCUGCAGCGCUGCAAGUGAUGCAAUGUGGGCUCCUGAGGUCUUUGCAACCUUUCGGCAGGCUCGCACCGCGUCAACGCGGCGGCGACGCCAGCGCGGGUGCUCACUGUUGAAGGCUCAUGGCGGCUGGAACCAGGCAGACCUUAAACCAUCUCCGCUGCCAGCC